AUGACCCGGUCCUUCCCACCGUCACCUUCUCACUGCCCUCGACGCCCGCGUCCCGGCGGGAGCUCCGCCGCCGCCUCUCCCCCAAGCUCGCUCAGGUGUGCGCCACCUCCAAGCGCCUCAACUCGCUCCAGGCUCCCGCCCCUUCCUACGCGCUCUCCGCCACCGACCCCUCCACCCCACUCCCGCCACACCCGCCCGCAUCCAAGCACAAAUCCAAGAAAGGGGCAGCAGCGCACCUGCCCGUCUCGACGGCGGCACAAGCUCUACGCGCCCGUGUUUAAGAACUGUGCCGUGCUUCCCAGCAGGCUGAUGAAGCCCAAGCACAGCUGGGUGUUCAACAAGCCGGUCGACACUAUCGGUCUCGGUCUGCACGACUACCACACCAUCAUCACCAAGCCCAUGGACCUCGACACUGUCAAGUCCAAGCUAGCCGCCGGGCACUACAAGUCACCACGAGAAUUCGCUGGGGAUGUGUGUCUGACGUUCCAGAACGCCAUGACGUACAACCCCAAGGGGCAGAAUUUUGAUUCACUUAUGCCAAAUUUGAGAUGCUUUCCUUUUAAAUAA